AUGGGGAGGCCCUGCUUUUGCCACGCCAAGUCCUCCAGCGACAAGCCCAACUACCAGUACGGCCUGCCCAGCAUGGACAACGGCCUGUCCGGAGUGGUUCAGUCCAUCUCCUCGCUGCAGCCGCGGAACUAUAUCAUCAUGGAGGUGAAGUCCAACCUUGUGGCGGAGGAGCGCGCGCAGAUCCUGAAGCGUUUCCCAUCGGCGCAGUACAAGAAGGUUGCCCACGUGGUCAUGGGCGAGCCCGACGAGGAAUACAAGCAGCGGGUGCGCAAGAAGAUCCUCAAGAUCAAGCAGGACAAGGAGAACGCCUCCUGGAGGAUCAAGAAGGCGCAGCAAGAGCAGAAGAAGCGCAUGGCCCAGCAGCAGAAGGAAAUGGCUGAGAAGAGGCACCAUUCGCUGCCUGGGAACUGGUAA